UCGACCACCAACGACGAUCUCAGGAAUAACUCUUUAAUUUAAUACUAGUUUAAUGUUUCUGUUGAAUUUUAUUUCGACAGGGGGACAAAUAUAAUUUGUAAAUAUAAAUAAUAAUGAUAGAUAGAUAGAUAGAUAUAUAAACCGUUGGAAGUUAACCGCGUCGUAGAGACGUGCCGACUGAUUCAACGUCGAGGUAACAGCGCGCAUUUUCGUGGGCGUGGAAGCACGGUUGUAUCGAGACGGGAAAAUUAAGGACGAUCGGCAACGAACUGCGCGCCUCGGGUCACGACGGCCAUUGCAAGUCUCACUUCUUCGUUCUCACUAAUCCGAAUUGAACGCGAGAGUGAGCCACUUCCAUUUCCCGAGGGGCCCCGACACUUAAACUUCGGUUAUCUUCGCUAUUCUUCGACCAUCUUUGUUUCACCCGAAGGGACUAACCGCCAAAUUGAAAUAUCAGAACACGUCAUAAUGCGUUUGUUCAAAAGACAAACAACGGACACUUGUCCUCAACUGGUAUCAGCUACACCUAUACCGCAAGACGAAAUUUCGGAGAUAGUGACAAUGAACGAUGUUACUAUAGAGCAGAAUGAAAAUUCUUUGUUGAAUGAUAAAAAUGGUUCGUCGAAGAGACUCGAUAAAGAUACUAGAGACCCUGCUGGAGAGUCUGAAAAAACUGUAACUGGACAAUCGUUCAUGAUAACUCGUAAAGGUAUCUCAACAUGGGGUCGGAAAGUAGGUCGAAGGUUGGAUCAAUUGAAGAGAUCGGAAAGUUCGGAGUUACUUUCGGUUUCGGGUAGAAGACGUCGUUGGAGUCCAAAUCGAAAAAGAUACGAAGAAAGCUUGGAGGAAAAGGAAAAUGGUUCGAACGAACAUUCCUUUUCGGAAUUUCCCAAGCCAAAGAGAGUUUCCAGAGUGGAAUCGUUGAAAAAUUUAUUUCGCUCAACGGAGAGAAGUCAUUUCUUAAGUUCGAAUUCAACGUCGAGAAACGUUACGAUUCAGGAGGAGAGCCAUCAUUCUAUGGAGAAAGCUUUAAGCGAUGGUGCCAUUAAAAACAUAUCUGCUUUUCAAUUAAAGUCCCUGAAUAAUAAUAAUAAUAAUAAUAAUAAUAAUAAUAAUAAUAAUAAUAAUAAUAGAGAUGAACAAUUAAGGGAGACUUUCCUAUAUGAAAAGCAACGACAAUUAAGUCGUAGUAUUCAGGAUCUUCAGGAACAGGAACGUGUCAUCGACUUUAUUCUUAUGAAUCAGCAGGUGUUAAAGACUCAAGAGGGUACAGCAUUAGUAAAGGAGACUUUGAAUAAGUUAGAGAAGGGUAGUAAUUUGAAAAAUAUAUCGGAAUGUUCUUCAUCGACGUCUAAGGUCAACGUGAAAAUUAAUAAUACAUCUAGUCGAACCGAAAAUAGGAAUCAUUUUAUUAACAUUCAUGAACGCGAUAGGAACGAUCAAACAAGAUCUUGCCUUUUAACCGGUUUGGAGGAUCUUAUGAAYAAUCUUCGUCUAGGAUGCGAUGAGAGUGGUUACGAUUCCGAUAGCACACGAACAGGUGCUGAUUCUCCUGACAGUGAACAAUGUAUUCRAAGAAUGACUAAGCCUCGUAGCUAUUCUAUAACUUCCGAUGAUUAUCAAGGUAUAGAUCUGUCUUUGCCGCCUAUCAUCGACCAAGCUGAACUUUCAAAAACUAGCAGCGAGGAUUCCGAAAAUGUUAAUGAUAACACCGUCGUGGAGGCAAAUCAUUUUUUGAGCAAUUCAAGGAAAACUGAAUCGACGUUAGUCAUGUCGGAACACGAUGAUGAUGAUGAUGAUGAUGAUGAUGAUGAUGAUGAUGAUGAUAAUGAUGAUGAUGAUGAUGAUGAUGAUGAUGAUGAUGAUGAUGAUGAUGAUGAUGAAACCGAUAGUUGCGACGAAAGUACUUUCGAUGAUUACGAGCAAUGCACUAAAUCAGAAUUUUUGAAUAAUUCCAUUAGAAAUGUUUCUAAGAUAGAAUCGAGUCAAUAUUCGAAAAUAUUCCCAAUAAAAAUGACGAAGAAAGUUGGUACUGUUUCUCAGACGAAUAAAAUUGUUCCAAGUACAUUGAUACAAACGAAAUCAAUGACUUCUUUAAGGAAUCGAAAAUAUGGUAGCGCCAGCGUGUUAACUCUCGUCGACAAUGCUUCGUCUCCUUGCAAAGAUAGUCCACCAGCUCAUAAGAUUAAUUCAUUGACAAUGUUAAUGAAUAAUCCGGUUGAAUAUUAUACUCCUAAAAGAUCUCGUUCUGCUUUGGAAGCUGAAAUAUCACCAGAGGAAUCUAUCAAUAGAAUCAACAAAGUUAAGAGAAUUAUUUUCGCUGAUAAUCCUCGAACAACGAUGAUAACUUCAACACCAGCCAAGUCUACUUUAAUACGUCGAGAAUUAAAGACUAUGAAACUAAGCGUUGAAAGAUCAGGCAAUCUUGGUAUAUCUUUAGAAAGACGAGAAGCAGUUAGACCGUUUUACGUAAUAUCGAAAUUAGAUUCCAACGGUGAAGCAGCCAAAUCUAAAUUGUUUCGAAUCGGCGAUGAGAUCGUCCGAGUCUGUGGUCGCAGAUUACGUGGGAUGACAAUCAUCGAAGCUAGAAAUGCGUUACGCAGUUGUGCGGGAAACGUUGAGCUUCAAAUCGCCAGAGAACCAACGUUUGCGUUUGGCGAAGAGAUCGGUGAUACUUGGGCUGAUUUAGAUAGAGUUCCUCGUCCUCGAAAUGAUUCCGAAGCGUGGACCUUGCAAGAGAGUAAAUCAGACCCUGGAGUAAUAGUAUCCACCACCGUGCCGAAACCUGAAUCUCUUCAUAAUGGUGGUGACAAUCGGUUGAAAUCCGAAGAAAAUCCGUCUAAACGGCCUAAAAGUGAAUUAUCCAUUAACGAGACCAGAUAUGAUACCGAACAAAAGAUGACUGGUAUGAGAAAGUUUCAAGUUAUCAGAAAACGAACCUCACAUCCAGCUUGUUAUCCUAAAAGAGUAUCAAGUCUUUUGAAAGAUUUGUUGACGGUUAGCUUGGAAAAAGGAGCCACAAAGAAACUUGGUUUCUCGAUCGUCGGAAGAUCCGACAACAAGAAGGGUUACAUGGGUAUUUUUGUAAAGGAUAUUAUGGAAGGUGGUCAAGCAGCYGAGGAAGGUACACUUAGGGUCGGUGAUGAGAUAUUAGCAAUUAAUGGCAUACCAAUGGACGGUGCAACCCAUACCAAGGCCCUUCAGACCUUCAAGAAUGCCAAACCAGGCAAAAUGAUUCUCUGCGUUGGACGAAGGGAUCCAACGAAUAAACGAUACAUUACUCAAUCCAAGUCUUGCGAUUGUUUAAGCAAAUUAACGGAAGAUGGAUACGAAUGAUAAUAUGCUACAAGAAGG